GUCGGACACUCAUCCAGUCCAUCGCCCAGAUCAACAUGCCAGAGGCGCACAGCCCGACCUUCCAGCGGGCGCUCUUGUCCGGUGCGGCCUCCGGGCUCGCGGUGGACCUCAUGUUCUUUCCGCUCGACACGGUCAAGACGCGCAUCCAGAGCGCCAAGGGGUUCUGGGCCUCGGGCGGCUUCCGUGGCGUGUACAGCGGUGUGGGGAGCGUGGGGCUGGGGUCCGCGCCAGGCGCUGCGGCCUUCUUCGUUACCUACGAAGAGCUGAAGAAACACGUCCCCGCCCUGCUCCCCGCCGACACGCCGGGUCUGAACCACAUGAUCUCCGCGAGCGGCGGCGAGUUCGUGUCCUGCCUCAUCCGCGUGCCGACCGAGGUGGUGAAGAGCCGCACACAGACGUCGGCGUACGGCUCGUCGUCGUCGCUCACGACCGCACUCAGCGUGCUGCGCCACGACGGCGUGCGCGGCUUUUACCGCGGCUUUGGGAUCACCAUCGCCCGCGAGAUCCCCUUCACGUCCAUCCAGUUCCCGCUGUACGAGUGGCUCAAGCGCACCCUGUCGCGGCGGUAUCUCGGUGGCGCGCGCCCGAACUCGGCCGAAGCCGCUGUGUGCGGGAGCAUCGCGGGCGGCGUCGCGGCGGCGCUGACGACGCCGCUCGACGUCGUCAAGACCCGCGUUAUGCUCGAGGCGCGCGGGGCGGGCGCCGAGCGCAGUCCUAGUGUGCUCAGCUUUCCGUCGCGGCUGGUGGGGAUCGCUUCGGCAGAGGGCGUCGGCGCCCUUUUCCGUGGAUGGGUGCCGAGGACCAUCGCGAUCGGCGCCGGAGGAGCCGUGUUCCUCGGUAUCUACGACUUUUGCGCCAACUUUGGGCGUGAGCGCGCGCCAUCAGAUCCUGGGCUUGCAUAGAUCAUGUAAGGGUAUAGAGGCAGCG